AUGCCUCUAGUCACAGACUUACAAAGAGAUCGACCGGAGGCUGUCGAAAUGGUACAGGAGUCGUUGGAGUUUCUCGAGAAACGGGUGAACGAGUUGAGAGAUGAGAUCCCAGCGUAUAAGAAGUCACGCACACAGCUUGAUCAAGUGUACCAAGGUUUGGUCGAUGAUCCAUCACCAUCCGGCUCAUUGACCACUUGCGGGCAAAUCCUCUUAACUGAGCAUAUAAAAAAGGUUGAUGACACGGUGGACAAGUACGUGAAAACCCAUCGAAACAUUCACUCGUCGAUCUCGCGAAUUGGGAAAGAUAUUGGGAGAAACUUUUGCGAAUCCACCGGUGGUUUAAUCAAAAACGAGAAGCAUAUUGAAAGCGAUCCGAAAUGCGCAAGAAAUGUAUCGAAUCUGAUUGUGAAUUAUUUGAUGAGCACUGGUCAUCCAGAGAUUGCUGAAACCUAUGUACAGGAAUGCAACUUGCACGGACGAUUGGACGAGUAUACAGCCAUCAAGGAUACUGUGGGGAAAGUGAUCGAGAGUUUUAGACAGCACAACACGAUCCCGGCGAUCAACUACAUCGAGCUGAACGCUCCUCAAGAAAAACGCCUCAUCUUUGACCUCGUCCGACAUCAAGUCUUAGAGCUGAUCAAGCAAGGUAAGAAGUUGGAAGCGCUUACACUCUCGAGGAAACUCUCCGGAUUGGGAUCAGAUGGAGAAGUGGCACAGAUUAUGGGAGCUCUGUUCACAAAAGCUGAUGAUACUCGCUUUAAUGAAAUCUCAAGCCCACUCGCUUGGCAACAACUCGAGUCACGACUUUCGGAAGUAAUCUUCAAAUGUAAAUCGAUAUUGCCACAAAUCCUCGAAACCGGCUGCCAAGCGGUGCCGGCACUGUUGAAUCUGCGAUCGGUAAUGGCGCCGCGACAAGACCAAAUAUUUUCGAGCGACGAGUUGCCCAUUGAGAUUCCGAUCGAGAAACGCUACCAUUCCACGUUCACUUGUCCGAUUCUUCGAGUUCAAACAACUGAACGGAAUCCACCGUAUCGACUUCGAUGUGGACAUGUCAUAUCAAAAGAUGCUCUAGAGAAACUGGCUUCAAAUUCAAGGCACUCUCUUCUAAAAUGCCCGUAUUGCCCUGAUGAAUCAUCAAAAGAUCAAGCACUUCGUGUUUUUCUG